UUUUUUUUUUACACCGCCCCCCCCACAAAAAAACUGUAAAGAUGCAAAAACGUAAUAUUCAUGAAGAUCCUAUUACCUAGGAAGAUUUUGAUGUUUUGCUGCAAAUGCGGUGUUGGGAUUUAUUUGUUCUUGGAGUGUUCUGCGUGGCUGGCAAAGAAUAAUGUUCCAAAAUCGGUCCAUCUCCCAAGGGGUCCAAUUUUUCUUCCUGGGUGUCAGCGAGCCCUGACUCACUACAGUGCAGCUGACAGGGGCUGUCAUGCAAGUGGCCCCCUAAGCCAAAGCAAAGACCUAAGGACGACCUUUGAACAAUACAAAGGAUGGGUUUCAAUGUAAUUAGGCUACUGAGCGGAUCAGCUGUAGCACUCGUUAUAGCCCCCACUGUCUUACUGACAAUGCUUUCUUCUGCCGAACGAGGAUGCCCUAAGGGCUGUAGGUGUGAAGGCAAAAUGGUAUAUUGUGAAUCUCAGAAAUUACAGGAGAUACCCUCAAGUAUAUCUGCUGGUUGCUUAGGUUUGUCCCUUCGCUAUAACAGCCUUCAAAAACUUAAGUAUAAUCAAUUUAAAGGGCUCAACCAGCUCACCUGGCUGUACCUUGACCAUAACCACAUCAGCAAUAUUGAUGAGAAUGCUUUUAAUGGAAUACGCAGACUCAAAGAGUUGAUUCUGAGUUCCAACAGAAUCUCCUAUUUUCUCAACAAUACCUUCAGACCUGUGACAAAUUUACGGAACUUGGAUCUGUCCUAUAAUCAGCUGCAUUCUCUGGGAUCUGAACAGUUUCGGGGUCUGCGAAAGCUGCUGAGUUUACAUUUACGAUCUAAUUCCCUGAGAAACAUCCCCGUGCGAAUAUUCCAAGACUGCCGCAACCUGGAACUUUUGGACCUGGGAUAUAACCGGAUCCGAAGUUUAGCCAGGAAUGUCUUUGCAGGCAUGAUCAGACUCAAAGAACUUCACCUGGAGCACAAUCAAUUUUCUAAGCUCAAUCUGGCCCUUUUUCCAAGGUUGGUGAGCCUUCAGAACCUUUACUUGCAGUGGAAUAAAAUCAGUGUCAUAGGACAGACCAUGUCCUGGACCUGGAGUUCAUUACAAAGGCUUGAUUUAUCAGGCAAUGAGAUCGAAGCUUUUAGUGGACCUAGUGUUUUCCAGUGUGUCCCAAAUCUGCAGCGCCUCAACCUGGAUUCCAACAAGCUCACAUUUAUUGGUCAAGAGAUUUUGGAUUCUUGGAUAUCCCUCAAUGACAUCAGUCUUGCCGGGAAUAUAUGGGAAUGCAGCAGAAAUAUUUGUUCCCUGGUAAACUGGCUGAAAAAUUUUAAAGGACUGAGGGAGAAUACAAUUAUCUGUGCCAGUCCCAAAGAGCUGCAAGGAGUAAAUGUUAUCGAUGCAGUGAAGAACUACAGCAUCUGUGGCAAAAGUACCACGGAGAGGUUUGAUCUGGCCAGGGCUCUCCCAAAGCCGACAUUUAAGCCCAAGCUCCCCAGGCCGAAGCAUGAGAGCAAACCCCCUUUGCCCCCCACAGUGGGAGCCACGGAGCCUGGCCCAGAGACCGAUGCUGACACUGAGCACAUCUCUUUCCAUAAAAUCAUCGCAGGGAGCGUGGCCCUUUUCCUGUCUGUGCUCGUCAUCCUUCUUGUUAUCUAUGUGUCGUGGAAGCGGUACCCUGCCAGCAUGAAGCAGCUGCAGCAGCGCUCCCUCAUGCGAAGGCACAGGAAAAAGAAAAGACAGUCCCUAAAGCAAAUGACUCCCAGCACGCAGGAAUUUUAUGUAGAUUAUAAACCCACCAACACGGAGACCAGCGAGAUGCUGCUGAAUGGGACGGGACCCUGCACCUAUAACAAAUCGGGCUCCAGGGAGUGUGAGAUACCUUUAUCAAUGAAUGUGUCAACUUUUCUGGCAUACGACCAGCCCACGAUAAGUUACUGUGGGGUGCAUCAUGAACUUCUCUCUCAUAAAUCCUUUGAAACGAAUGCACAGGAAGAUACGAUGGAAACACACCUAGAGACUGAGCUGGACCUGAGCACAAUCACAACAGCUGGCCGAAUCAGUGACCAUAAACAGCAGCUGGCUUAACUGAGCUAAUUGGUAACCAUGGGUUGCCAUCAAACUUUGUAACCUCAAGGACAAAAUGAGGAGGAUUUGUUCAUUGUGGACUCUAAAAACAAAAGAAAACAAUCCCCUGUUAAAAUAAACAAAAAUCCAAGAUUGAUUCAUGAAAUAAAGAAGACAUGAAUUGUUUCAACUCUACACUUUAUAAUUAGCUAAGUUGUGCAGUAUUUUUUUGACUUAGAGUAUGACCCUGAAAAAAAAAUCUUUUUUCUCAAAACUCAUCCUACCUACCUGUAAAAACUGUACAGAGCUAAUGUAUUUUUCAUAUUGUAAAGUUUCAAUUAUAGAAACAACUCGUAUGUACAGUACCAUAAUUUAAUUACAUUUUACUUUACACACUUUAUGUAUUUCAGUUUCUAAAAUUUUAAAUUAACAAAAAUUAUUUCUUGUGUUAUUCAGAGUUACUCAGUUUUGUAGGGACUGUUUUGUUACUGCUUUUGUGCCCAGAAACCUUGACUCUCAAAUUAUGUGCUGUGCAAAACAUGCACGAUUUUUAUCAUGCUUACUGUGUAGAAUUUUAUCUACUUGGUCCAGAAAUAAUACAUUAACCAAAAAGGGUUUGUUGAGACUUAUAAGAAGUUCUUCAAUUACAUAGACAGGUCUUUCUUAUAAACGAAAAAAAUCAAAGAUUUUUUAACACUUCUCAGACUUAACUGUUGCCUUGAAUUACAGCCUAGUUUCUAAGCAGUGAAAUGUAAUGAUAAAGAGGGAUAUUUUAACAACGUAUUUCUGAAUGAAUGACUCAUUAUUUCAUUCUUUUGAGUAACCCAUUGUUAAGGGUGGGGGGAAGCAUGGACAAAACAUCACUGGAAACAAAGGCCGUAACCACAGCAACAGAGUUUGAUAUACUUAAAAGGUGCAGCUGCCAGUGACAAAGAAAAACUCUGUUGCAUCUCAUUACUUCAGGCCAAGGUGGGAGAAUAAAGCAUAAUAAUUGUACAGUAGUAAUUUCUCUUAAUUAACCCAACAUGGUUUACCUAAAAAUAACCAUCAGUGCAAAAUGUGCCUGGUUUUAAGACAAUUUCCCAUUUAGAAUGGUGAGGCUAUAUUUUAGCAACAUCUCAAAGGAAAUAUAUGAAAAUUUUCACUUCGUGUGCUACAUCAAUUUUCUCCUGGGAGAGAACUCUUAAAACAUCUACAGCUGAUUCAAUACAGAUAUGAGCCAUGGUGGAACUUUAUCAUGCAAGUAGACUGUAAACAUCCUUAAUAUGUUCUAAAUUGUUUAUAUUGCUAUCCAUAAUGAGAUUCACCUCCAAAUUAUCUGAAAAAUAAUCCAGAGUAAUUUGAAACCACCCCAGAUCAUAUAUGGAUUAUCCAAUUGUAUUAUAAAGUUAAUUCAAUCAAAUUAUGAAAACCUGACUUUUCAGAGGCUGAAAUAAUCAACUUGUUUGUUGUUUGCUUGACACAGGUUACUGUUUGAAAAUAUUGUUAUUUUAUCUAUGGUAUUCACACAUUCUUUUGUGUUUUUUUUUAAAUAUAAAACUGCAAGUUUCAAUUGCUGUUACACUAGAAGUGCUUUUUUUAUGUUGUCAUUUUUAAUUCAUGACAUCAAAAAUAGGUUGAGAGUAUGUCAAUCUAAUAGGGAUCAAACACAGUCAAAAACAAUGAAGAAAAGAAUUUGUGAAAACCAAUGUCAAACUUUCAAUUUUUUAUUUCUUCCAAAGAAAAUCAAAAGUGUAGUUUUAUGCAGGUUUAUCAUGGCAAAUUUAAGAACAGGUUCAAAGAGAAUGGAUUAAAAAAAUCAAGAGCAAAUUUUUGUUGAAAAUAUACUGUCAGAAGGGAAAAAAACGAAAUGUUGGAAGAGCAAACUCUUACUAAUUUAAAUGAAACUAAAUGUCACAGUACUUGUAUCAACUAUCUAGCAUUCCAGAUUUUGUAACAUAUUUUGCAUAAAUGAUUUGCUAUUCAGAAAAUUGUCAUUUUUAGUUUAAUUUUAAUCUCUUUUUUCCAAUUUCUAAUUUCCUUGCACUGUAUUAUUGUCAGAGUAUUCUUAAUCCUCUACACUGAUAUUUUGCUUUGCAGUUAGCAAAUCUAUAGAGGGUUAAUUAUAAAUCUAUUAUGUGUGGAUCUGAAAUCUGAUGCAAAAUUUUAUUUAUUAUGUAAACCAAAUGUCAUUUGCAAUUUUUUCUCAUAGAAGUUGUCCUUGCAAAGAUUCAAAUAUCUUUUAAUUUGUGUAAAUAAGCAUUUUAUAUCUUCUCUUUCCAGACAUUUUCAAACUGACAAAUGAUUUUUAGAAAUUUUAAAGGUUCCAGGGAGCCUCACAAAUAUAUGCCCUUUAUUUCCUGAAGCAAACUGCUUUCUUUCUUAAACAUUUUAAGUUCAUCUGAAGUGAACAACUAUAAAUAGAAGCAGUCACCUUGGAACCAGGUGCAUGGGAGGUCUUAGCUCUGUGCAUCGGAGGACUUAUUACGUACAUUAAGAGCCAAAUAAACUAAGAAUUUUGGUAUUUGUCAUAUUUGAAAUUAAACCCAAAGGAUCUUUAACAGGAAAAAGAAAAAAAAAAGAUGCUAAGUUACUUGUUUGCUUAAUUUUUAUUCUGCCAUGUCCUGGGGUGUGGGGGCUUUGGGGAAAUGAAAACCUGCUAGAGGAGACUGUCUCUGGAAUCUUUAGCAUACAUUUGCAAUUUAUAUAUUUGUGUCUAAAAUCCCUAUUUCUAACCUGUCUUUUUCAGAAUUCAGUAAUCUCCCAUUUCCUCUUUCUAACCACCCCAUGUCUUCCUUCCUGUGUACUUCUCACCUUUUUAAACAACUGAAAUGUUUCUAUGUUUGGAGUUGAAAAAUGCAGUUCAGCCCAACAUGGUUACAAUACCAGCGGUAGCUACAGCAAACACAUUUAUGCGGUGUUUUGAAGCUUACAAACCACAUUCCACAUAAAUUAUCUCAUUUUGCCUUCAUAACCAAUCUAUGAAGAUACAUUAAUACCAAAGAAGUUGAGACUUGCCCAAGAACACAGGGUUAAUAAUUGGUGGAGCUGAACUACUCUCAAAAUUCAGACCCUAUUAGUCUUUCCACUAUACUAAAAGCCUUCCCUCUCUGAUCAGGGCCAGAGAAUUUCCAGAUAGUAAAUAGAAUGAAAAAAUGUUUGACAUGUUGUUUAGUAAUCCCCAAUUUAACUCAGUUCCUCUAUCUGUAUAAUAUAUGGGCUAAAUGGACCCUUUCUGUG